AUGAUGGAUGGGGCACGGGUUGAUCAGCUGGCGAAGCACCGGUGGAGGCCGCUCGUUUUUGAGGAGUCCACGAGGGACCAGAGUGGUGGAGCUGGCGGUAAGGAUUUGGUGGAGUUCCCAGGGAAGAGUAGUGGUGCUGGUGGUGAUGCUGCUGGCCAUGGGAAGAUGCCACUAGGGCUGAAUAGUGGGAGUGGGUCCGAGAUUUUCCUGAAGGAGGGGGAAAGAGAACGUAUUUUACAACGGCAACAGCAGGACCAGCAGGACCAGCAACAACACCAGCGACAUUACGUUUCGUUCUCUAUACCGAGAGCUGGGCAGCUCCCACACCACAGAUACUCUAUCAGUACAAAGCCCGUGGCACCGAAGAGUAACAGCUCCGAAGACGGGAAAUCCUCCGGGGAUGGCGCUAACGGUCCAGAAACGCUCGAUGGAGAAUUAGAGGAGAAGGACUGUUCCAUGCAGAUGCCCGGUGACUUUAUAUACAUGAACAAGAGACAGAAUGCGAGUGUGCCCAAGAUUUCUACAAGUGGGUCGCACUCGGGGGACCCGCUGAUGAUACGAAGGAACAGUGCGGAUACUAAGAUGCCGACGGAUAGGACCGUGUUCAAGAAACGAGAUAGCAAUGUCGAGUCCCCAGUGCCCUUCACACAGUUCUUUCAAAACGAGGAUGACAAGAAAUUCCACAUUCUCAUCGGGGCCACGGGGUCUGUUGCUACAAUCAAGAUACCGAUGAUUAUCGACAAGUUGUUCAAGAUAUAUACACCGGAGAAAGUGUCCAUCCAGUUGAUAGUCACGAAACCGGCUGAACAUUUCCUGAACGGACUUCGGAUGUCUUCGGAGGUCAAGAUUUGGAGGGAGGAGGACGCGAACGCUACUGACUUCAACAACGAUAUCCUGCUGUUCCAUGAACUGAGGAGGUGGGCAGACAUUUUCCUCAUUGCGCCGUUAUCGGCCAACACACUGGCGAAACUGGCCAACGGUAUUUGUAACAAUUUAUUGACGAGCGUCAUCAGAGACUGGACGGGGAAGACACCAGUGAUUGUGGCCCCAGCCAUGAACACGUUCAUGUACAUCAAUCCGAUGACGAGGAAGCACCUGACGAUGCUCAACGACAACUUCCCUUUCCUCGAGGUGCUGAAACCCGUUGAAAAAGUGCUCAUUUGCGGCGAUAUCGGAAUGGGCGGCAUGCGAGAAUGGAACGACAUUGUCGAGCACGUCCGGUUGAAGAUCAAGGACAUUUUGCGGGCUCGGCACGAGGAUGCAGAUGAUAACGAGGAUAAAGAGGUCCAAACAGUCGAGCACGAGAUGGAAGAGGUAGAUGAAGAGGACAAUGAUGAGGAUGAAGAGGAUGAUGAGGAUGGCGAGGACGACGACAACGAGGACGAUGAUGACGAUGACGACGACGACGAGAACAGCAACGAUUUCGAGACAGAAACAAGCAACAGCAUUUUCGAUCCGGAGGACGACGACGAGGCAGAGGGGGACAACACCUGA